UCUCGCCCGCCGCUCUCACCCGGAACGCAACCCGUCUCCGGCUCCCGCACUCGGCCGUUUCUAUAAAUACCUGCUCAAGAUUUAAGAACUCCUUUGACGGCAGAUGUGAGAUCUCUCCAAAACGGCCGGCCCGGCCUCCGUGCUAUUGCCAGGGCCUUUCAUGUUUUGGUUCGUGGAGUUUUGCGGGAUAAAAGAACGCACCAUGUGGCUGUUGAGGCAGUAAUCUUGCAGCAAGGAUUUAUCAUUGAACCUUACCGGCUGCCGGGUCUACAAUGGAUUCUCUUAAAAGGAUUUUACUCUACGCCAGUCUUUGCUUGUUUUGGGCUGACUGUUCGAACCCAGGCUGUGUGGAGGUUGAAUCGGACACUGAGGCAGUCAAGGACAAGAAAAUGAAGCUGAGGUGCAUCUCCUGCAAGAAGCGGGGUGAGACCGAGGCCUCGACGAUUGCCGAGUGGUACUUCAGACCCAGGAAGAAUGAAACCUUCUACAAGCUCUGUAUCUCUUUAUAUCUUGUAUCUCCUCCUUCCUCUUUCUCUCUCUCUCUCCCUUCUAUCUCCCUCCUCUCUCCCCUUUCCUCUCUCUCUCCCCCUCUCCCUCUCUCCCUCCCCUCCCCUGCUCUUCCUUCCUCUCCUCUUCUUUCCCCUCCCCUCCCCAUUCCCCCCUCUCCAUCCCUCUCCUCCUCCCCCUCCUCUCUCUCCCCUCUCUCCCCUCCCUUCCCCACCUUCCCCUCCCUUCUCAACCACUCUCUCCCCUCCCCUCCUGUCACCCCUCUCCCCCCCCUUCUCCACCGCCCCUCUCCUCCCUCUUCCCCCCCCCUGCAGAUAUACGAGUACAGUUACUCCGACCAGGGCAUCUCCUACGGCAACUUUGAGAACCGGAUCAAGUGGGGGGGAAGUAAGGACACCGCAGACAUCCAGGAGGCAACGAUAUUUCUGCACAACGUCACUUUCGAGGACGCUGGCACCUACAAGUGCUACUUCAACCGGACGUUCUUCUUCCGAAAGGGAGAGUUCAUCUUCUUCACGCAGACGAACAAAACCAUUGAACUGACAGUUGUUGCAAAAGCUAACCGUCUGCUGGCAUCCAUCAUUGGGGAGAUCAUGAUGUAUUUCCUGAAUGUGGUGCUGACAUUGUGGCUGUUGGCGGAGAUGCUGUAUUGUUAUAAGAAAAUAGCUGCGGCAGGUGAAGAAGCUAUCCAGGAAAAUGCGUCAGAUUAUUUGGCAAUCACGUCGGGAAGUAAGGAAGAUUGUGCGGGGGUUCAGGUCGAGGAAUAACGAAGGGCACGUUGUUCAUUCUUCUGCAGUAUCGUAAGCAAUGGGUGUUGAAAAUGGACUUCAAGAACGUGGCAUGUGUGGGCCGACCCUCCUCGCAGAGGGGCUAAAUAUCUCCAUCAGUUUUAUCUCUUUUAUGCAAGUUUCACUUCAGAGAGAAUGCUUAAGACAUUAAACAUGCAUGAUCCUAUACAAAAUCAACGACGACACAAAAAAAAAUAAUUAUUGCGAUCAACAAGAUGUUUCCCAUAUGCCUACCAAAGAGGUCGCCCGCCUCGCUGGAUUAGUCGCAACUUUGCAAAGCUCCUGGUAUUUUUUUAAACAGAAAAUACCAGAGCAAGAAGUGCUUUGCAGGAAUCUGAGAUGAAGGAGGGGUGUUCCUUUUGCAAGGCUGUCCGCUGUAGGGUUUGAGAUUGCUUGAUAACUCUGGGGGUUCCCUGAUCCAUCCUUAGUCCUGCUCUCUCCCAAAUCCCUUCUCAGCCUCCCUGCCCGUGAAUAACAUGUAGGCUCCAGUUCCACACUGGGGAGAGGGCCCCCCCCCACCCCGCUUGGGGACGAGAAGGGUAUGGAGUAGUAGGGUGGAGUGGGGAAUUAGCUGUCCGGCUCCCAGUUUGUAGCUUGGCAUCUUGCUCUUUCAGUCAAGACG